UGUCACUUCCAGGUUAGUUCUUUUUCUUUCUUUCUACCUUUCCUUAAUUCCUUUUUUAAAUUUGACUCAAAUAUCACAGUAUAUCCGUAUCGAACUAACACUUUGUAUUUAUUUGUAUGAUUUUCAGACGCUGCUGAAACGUUGUAACGAUUGUAUCACCAUGGCAACCAGGUCACGUGGUCAGUGACAGCUCAUGACACCAGCAGAUAACCUCAAUCUGUUUCCUGUCAUGGCCUCUGAUGGUUCACCACCCCAAGAUUCUCAGGAGAAGAAAAAGAAGACAAGCAGGAAAGGGAAGGGUGUAGACGUUAAGGACACAGCGGUCCAGGUGGAGAGACUUACAGCAUGUGGUUACAGCGCUCUACAGCAACGAGACAGCUCAAAGGCUCUCGAAUACUUCAAAAAGGCUUUCAAAACUGCUGUGAACCUAAAAGAGACUAAAGUACAGCGGGCUUGUGCUUUUAACCUUGGAGCAGCAUAUGUUGAGGCCGGUAAGCCCCAGAAAGGGCUUGAUUUUCUAUCACAAGCCGAGCCAAGUGAGAGAGGUGAGCGGAUGGCAGAUCUGCAGUUUAAUAUAGCAGCUGCACAUGAGGCACUGGAUGACCACGUGCAAGCUGUCAAACAUUACCAACAAGCAGCACAGCUUUACCGCUCACAAGGAGACGGGAGCAGUGAAGGGGACACCUGCAUCAGACUGGCCCAGUGUCACCUGCGCAGGAAGGAAUGGACUGAUGCAGCUGAGAAUUACCUGCGUGCAGCAGAAAGCUAUAAGGUGGCAGGAAAGCUGGCCUCUGCUGCUGUGGCUAUGAAGGAUGCUGGGAACCACAUGUUGAAAUGUGACUGCUUCCCAUCUGAUGAUGUCAUAGGUGUCCUUACAGAGUGUUUGGAGCUGAGUGCCAAAAUCACAGACCCAGAGACACAAGGGAAGCUCUAUAAUGCAGUGGGGUUGAGUUUUUCUCAGCUUAAGCUCUUUUCGGAGGCUGCUGAAUGUUAUGAGCUGGCUCUGCCCCUGGUCCAUUCCAGCCCACGCCGGCUAGCUGUGGUCAUUCAGAAUCUGGGCGCGGUCCACAACUCCCUGGCACAGUACCGGAAAGCCCUGGAUUACCACAGGGAAGCAGCUGCACUGCACGGGUCCUUAGGCAGUCGUCGGGCUCAGGGCUGCUGUUUUUGUAACCUGGCUUACGCACUCAGUGAACUGGGAGAACUUGAGGAGGCAGGAGAGAGCUACCUACACGCUCAGCAGGCUUUCAAAGACAGUGAUGAUUCCUCAGGGCAUUGGAAAGCAUGUGAAGGUCUGGGAGAACUUAAAAUGAGACUGAGAGACCCUGACAAAGCCAUUCUUUACUAUAAGCAGGCUCUAGCACUGCUCUCCAAGUGCAAGGAUGUCUCUAGCUCUGUGCAGGAAAGCCUUGUCAAUAAGCUAAGUGAGGCUUUACAGAUGAAACUAGCUGUUCAGCAGAGAGCACCCCCUGCAAGGCACGCUAUCAAGGAGAGAAACAUGCACAGACAACACCUCCGAAUUGCUCAGAUGAGGAACGCUGAGGAACUGGUGGCCGUGCACAGAGGAAAAGAAGCACUAAACACUCACAGGGUGGAUGAUAAGGAAUGGAGACCCCCAGAAACAUGUGGAGAGAGAAAACCUCAUGGUGAUAUGAUAUCAUCAAGAGCAACACAAACUGAGGGUCCUGAUAACAUCAACGCCCUACCAGAAGCCAAUAGGAAUCUGAAUAAUACAUACGAGCAACCUCGUCAUGAAUAUAAGAAUCCCACAGACUCCCAUUUCAUCUUACAGCAAGAUGAGGCCAUGUGUGGAACUUCCAUACAGAACCCUCUGGAAAUAACCAGUCUGCCCCCACUAGAAGAGAGCCCUGAUGCCUUAGCGCCAACACAUCUUCUCAGUGAGGAGUCCACGUCCAUACACAGGAACUUAAAGUCAAGAUUCUGUACAGUCAUGUGACCACAGCCAUGUCAUCUGUCUUUCCUCUCCCAAAGAUCUGAUCAGAACAGCUUCAAUUUAAUUUUUUUAUUCUGCAUUAUUUUUUUGGUGGCCUGGAGGAAAAAAGGGACAUGGGACCCAUAAAUGUUGAUUAAUUCUACUGAUGCCAUAUGAAAAUCUAAUCCUUAAGCAAUGUGGAUAACCUUAAAUGAUUUGCUGAUUGUCUUGCUCUCACUGCAUUCAUUGUCUCCCUUAUUUAUCUGCCACAAAUCAGAAGAAAAGUUAGCCUUAAAUAGGAUUUGAAACACUACCCCUGACUUAUUGAAUACAGUACUGCCUUCAAGACUGGUAUUGAUAUUGCAUAAAAUUGUUUUUGUUUCCAGUCUGCUGAUGAGAGUUUCUGUGCCAGUGCUGUUGGACUGUGACAAUAUAAAGGUAUAAUGGAAUACUAAGAUACAUAGAGAUCCUAUUGGGAAGAUAAUUUUACUGUUAAUAUUAUCAAUAUACAGUAGGUGUGAUAAAGAAGGAUGCUAUACUAAUACUAGUAAGGGCCUCCCUUUUUUUAUUAAAUAGCCUCUGUUCUUCAUGUUGUGGAUUUCACAAGAUGUUGGAAACAUGCCUUUGAGAUCCUGGUGCAUUUUUUUUUACCAUGAUUGCAUCAGUGUGAAUAGUUUAAAGCAAUUGUUUAGGAUUCACAAUCUCUAGUAAGUCCAACCAUUCUUUAACAACAAGGAGGUUAAACAGAAAAGCUACCAGCACCAUGCUUCAGUGUAGGGGUGGUGACCUCAUAGUCAGGAGCAGUGUUAGGGUUUUUUUUUUUUUUUGGCUUUGUGUCAAAUCCAAAAACUUAUUAUUGCUUUCAUCAAACCAAAGAAUUUUUUUCCAUGUUUUAAAUCUCCAUUUCUUUUGACACAGAAUAGGAUUUAAUUUGUCUCAUCACUCAUCCAUAAAGCUCAGCUUUGUGGAGUAUUAGUGGCUACAGAGUGAUUUCUCUUAUCUGAGCUGGGGAUCUUUCCGGCUCCUUCAGAUUUACCCUUGGCAUCUUGUUCAGUUAUUUGAUUAAUAUCAUCCUUACUUGGUCACUUGACUUUGUUGGCCAACUUUUAGGCAGGCUACACCAUACAGUAAAUGG